AUGUCUGUGCCUGCAGACCUCCGGGUCUUAAGUCGCAAGCUGGCCGCAGCCUCACCGGCCGAUCUCCCGACGCUGUGUCCCGUGUUGGUGGGCCAUAUCCUGCGGUGCGGUGAGCCCCUGUCCGUGUCGUCAGAGCAGCAAGGCAAGAACAACACAAACGAGGCGACUGUGCUGGUGCACAAGCUCAAGACGCAAAUCAACACCCUCAUCCAAGGCAAGACACCCCAGGGCCGCUUUGUCGGCACGGCCCUGGCCAAGGCCAUCGUCGAUGUCGGCGGCUGGGAGAGUCUGCGGACGGCGGAGCCCUGGGUGCGCGGCCUGCUGUCGCUGCUGAACAAGCCCGACCCGAUGGCGUCAAAAGAACUGGCCGUCCUGACGCUGACCCGCAUCUACACACUGCUCCAGGCAUAUCCGACGCUGGUGCGCGAGAUUGCCACGCCCACGGUUCCCACAUUUGCGACGGCGUGCCUGCAGCUGAUCAAGCCGGCGGCGCCCGGCCAGCCGCCCAAGGCGCCCAUGAAUGUCGUCGAGACAGCAACGCGCGCGCUCUCUGCGUUGGUUCCCCUGUAUCCGACGACGCUGCGGCCGUUUGCAGGCCAGAUUCGGGCCGCGAUCCGCAGCUUCGUCGCACCGACGGCCUCAGACGGGGUGGUGGUCCCGCCGUCGCUGCGGCGGAGCGCGCGGCAGCUGCUGGUCGUGCUGCACUACACGGCGGCCAAGAACGGCAACUCGGACGACUGGUCGAAGAUGCUGAUGGGCCUCUUGCGUGACGCACAUGCCACGGCCGACCAGGUCUUCCGCGCCAUUCGCGAGUCGCGGGACCCUGGUUUGGGCUUUGCGGCGACGACGGUGUCGUUUGAAGGCGAGCCGCAAGGCGGCGGAGACGAUGUCGACGCGCUGCCGGCGUGGACGGGUCUUGCGAGCGGUGCCCAGCGCCUGCUUGGAGUUCUAGAGACAAUUGCACAGGUCUUCCGGGAACCGACGAAACUGCCCGUCGCGGUACCACUCGGGCUGCUAUCGGGCCUGGUGUCGCGCAUCUCCGUGGUCUCUGCGCCGACCUCGAGCACGCAAGAGAAGGACUACGCAUCGCUCAUCAACACCAGCAUCGGCCGCGAAGAGCGGGACGAGCUGUUUUCGGUCCUACCCAGCCUGCACGCGGCAUCCCUCGAACUGUUGUCGAGCAUUGUGAAACGGAUGGGUGCCAGCACGGUGCCUCUGGCCCCGGAGAUCCUGGAGGACGCGGUGCGCAUGUUCAUGUCGGACCGUCACAUUCCCCGCGUUCGGAAAAACACCUACGUGCUCACCAAGAACAUUCUGCCGCUGGUCGGCCCAUCCUUUGCACGGACCACGGUGGACCUGCUUGCCAAUGUGGUGCGCUCGAGCUGCCAGGACAUUCUGGAGGCCGGCGGCUUUCUGCAGGAGGACAAGACGGACGACAAGUCCAAGGCGGGUCAGAAUGGUGGCGCAAAAGGAGGCGCCGGUGGUGGUGCACGAGGCAAGUCGGCGUCGGCCAAUGCCGACUUGUUCUUGGCCAACGGCGCUGCCUCGUCUCAAGCAGCGGCAGCCGCGGCGCGCAAAACAUCUCGACUGAGUGCCGCCCACCUACGCGCCGCGGAAAACCUGCUGGCCGCCGUGCUAGCGUACAUACCACCACAACAUGUCAAAAAGGCCGACCGCACGCUGCUGGACCGCACGGCGAUUCUGAGUGCCAACAAGGGUGCCAUGGUGGCGAGCGUGCUGCAGCCGUACGUGGACCAGAGCGGCCGCUACUUUGCCAACACGAUACCGUUCCUAGCGCGCGCGUACCCGCACGAUGUGAGCAUGGAGAUUCUGCGCAGCAACCUGCGGACGGCACCGCACUACUAUGGCAACAUUUUCGCGGCCACAGCGCCGGGCGAGGACGACGCGUCGGACGCUGAGGAGGAGGAGGAUCAGGCGAUGGACGAUGCGGCUGAUCCUGAGCCAAUGAUGGACGGGCCGGAGAGUGGUGCACCAAGUGCACCUAGUGUGGUGGCCACGACGGAAGCAGGUGCCGGCUCGGGCGGCUUCUCUCUACCUUCUGUGUUUGCUGAGCGGAGCAAGCCAAACAUCAGUUCAUUGGGCAAUGCUGGGAACGCUACGGAGGGCGGCGCGCCGGCUGCAUUUGAGCCGCUGACACUGAAGCGCAAGUCGGACGAGAAGGACGAUGUGCCCUCUGCGGCUGCAAAGAAACUAGACACCGGCAGGGAGGCUAAGAUACCUGCGGCUGUUGCGCCCUCUGGUGUCGCAGCAGACGAUAGCGGUGAUGACAGCGACGGCAGUGUCCAGCUAGAGAUGGCCUUUGACGAUGACGAUGAGAGUGGCGAUGAGGAGUAA